GAAAUCACCGAACAGGUCCCGGAAGGUGUCGGCCAUGUUGUGUUGACUACUUGUCUCGAGAGCAGGAGAGAGCGUUGAACACAACCAGGCAAAAUGCGGGCUGUAGUGCUCACGUUAGGCAGUCUAUGCCUAACUGCAGCGGUCAUAGGGAAUGCGUACUACCAGAAGCAGCAGUUUUACCCAUCGGUUGUUUACCUGACCAAGUCUAAUCCUAGUAUGGCCGUUCUGUAUAUCCAAGCUUUCGUCAUCGUCAUCCUGAUGGGGAAGCUGGUCCGCAAGUUGUUUUUCGGGCAGCUGAGAGCGGCUGAGAUGGAGGUUGUUACCUAUGUUCUAAUGGAUUUUAUUUUCCCCUUUUUAGCAUUACUUCUUGUGCUUGGAUGCCUGGAUGCCAUGUUUAUCAGCCAUGCCUACCACAGUACACUUAUCAGAGGAGCCACUGUGCAGCUUGUCUUUGGGUUUGAGUACGCCAUCCUGCUCACCAUGGUAAUCACCACCUUUGUGAAGUACAUUCUACACACCAUCGACCUACAGAGUGAGAACCCAUGGGACAACAAGGCAGUCUACCUCUUAUAUACUGAACUGACCAUGGGGUUUGUGAAGGUCCUGCUAUACAUGGCCUUCAUGAUCAUCAUGAUUAAAGUGCACACCUUCCCACUGUUUGCCAUCAGACCCAUGUACCUUACUGUCAGAGCUUUCAAGAAGGCUGUCAAUGAUGUCAUCAUGUCCAGACGAGCCAUCAGGAACAUGAACACACUUUACCCAGAUGCCACCCCAGAGGAGCUUGCCCAGGCUGAUAACGUGUGUAUCAUCUGCCGUGAGGAGAUGGUGACGGCCAGUAAGAAGCUGCCCUGUAACCACAUCUUCCACACGUCGUGUCUGCGCUCGUGGUUCCAGCGCCAGCAGACCUGUCCCACCUGCCGGAUGGACGUCCUGCGGGCUCCCCCACCGCAGCAGAACCCCACGCCGCAGCCACCACCAGCACCUCAGCCUCCACAGCAGAUUCCCCCUGUUUUUCCUGGAUUUCCCAUGUGGCCACCUCCCCAUGUGCACCCAGGACAGGUGCCCCAGGUCCCUCCCCAGACACCACCUGCUGCUGGAACAUCCCAGGCUGCUGCUUCAACCACUGCUGCUACACAACCUGCAGCUGCAGCACCUGGCUCUACAGCACCUGCCAUGACAACAGGUCCACCAGGCAGCCCCCUCCCUACAGUAGCAGGACUACCACCGUUCCCCCCUCCCCCUCCACAUGGCGCACCAAUGCCUGGCCUUCCUCCACCUUUCAUGAUGCCACCUGGGUUCUUUGUGCCACCACCAUUUGUCCCACCGCCCAUGCCUUCCCCUAACUACUCAGGUAUGACUGAGGAGGAGCUGCGAGCGAUGGAGGGCCAGGAGCGGCAGCACCUGGUGGCUCGGGUGGAGUGUCUGCGCAGCAUACAGACCCUGCUGGAUGCCGCCAUGGUGCAGAUGCAACAGUACACCUCCCUCAUGGCCACGCUGGGAAGUCCUGUAGCUGCCACCACUGCAGGCCAAGGUUCCACCCCUGUGCCCACAGCUACCACUACCCAGCCUGCAGACACUACAGAGGUCACCAAUGUCCUCUCAAGUAAGAUGUCACCACGAGAAGAGACCCCUAGCAGCCCAGAGCAGAAGCCCACAACAGGAGAGAGUCAGGAAGAGUCAGGAGAUCUAAGUGAGCUGGAAGGUGCAGUGGGAUUCACCCCUCCAACAGAGACACUUAUCCCGGAGGACACAGAGGUGCCUCCUGAAACAGAUGCAAACGAAAUUCGGAGACGGAGAAUUGAAAGGUUAUCAUCCCAGCCGGGGGAAGAAGACGGGACAGAACCUUAGCAGAGGGGAUGGAGACAGUAGAUAGGUAGUGUAGAUGUGAACAUGCUGUGCCCUGGAAAAGACUGUCAAACAAACAUCACUACCCAUAUGAUGCUGGUCCUGGCAUGCUGUAAGGUAUGGAAUUCCUGUAGCUCUCACACUAAGUCAUCAUCACCUGUAAUGUCUCACAUAGGAAGAAACACUUGUGACUUCUCUUGUACAUGUACAACUUUCUUAUGUUCACAAACCCAAUAUAUUGAUGAGAACAAUUAAUGGGUACUUUCAUCAUUAGUCAUGCAUAUAGCAGCAGAACAUCAAUCACCCCAUGGUACUUACAGUUUAAGGUAAGGAAAUGUUUCUAAAGGACAGUGUUAAACAUGAAAGGUGUUAGUGGUGCUUGUGUUGUGCAUGAUUUAGGCAAAACAAUCUGAAGAGGUUAGUGAUGUGGUUUCCUUUUUAAGAAGUGGGGAAAGAGCCAUGUACAUACAAACUAAGGAAAGAUGGAGUUGCCUUACUUGUCAAGCUAGACUAUUUAUUCACUUAUUUCAUCCAGUAAAAAUGGAAAGAAUAGAUAUAUUUAAGUGAAUAAGGUAAUUUCUUUAUUUCUGAUCUACAUGUUGUAUCUUCUCAGGCCAAACCCCUUUAAAACAUGUACAUGUCAGUUCAAAAGUCUUCCUUUUCCAAGUUAAUAACAAUUUUUCUUUGUAAGUAGUAGGAGACAUUGGAAAAGGUACUGAUUUACAUAUAUUAGUACAUGUAGUAGUUAUUAGGAUAGUUUUGUAGAUCCUGUAGGUAAUGACUGACAUGUCAGUUUAGAAAAUGAAGAUUUCAGAAAGUUAAGCUGCAAUAUCUGUACAGAAUGAGUUUAAGUAAUGGAUGAAAGUGACAAUGACUGUAAUUAUGUACACUAUAUGGUCAAACAUAUAUUCAUAAGGUAGAUAUUGUAUAGUAUAAUUUUACAGUGGGAAAGUUAAACCUAAUGUAAUAGGAUGAUGUUGCCACUUAUACACCCUAUGAUGCAAUUUCAAUGACCUUUCCUUGCAUUUUCCAAUUUUUCUGCAGUUAGGAAAUUGUUAUUUCUGACCACGAUAUCCCACCUGUUGGAGUUAGGAUAGGUCAGAUGAAUAGCAUGUGCACAAUAACAAUACUGUCUGAUCAAUAGCAAUAAAAAGGGACUGGAUCUGGAUAAGAGCCACCUUGCUAUUUGUAGCAACACUGCACUGAAUACUAGUAGGAUGCUCACUGCAGAUUCUCGACAUAUGAAGGCCAUUGCUGUAGGCUAUGUACAUUUUGUAUAUCUUUUAUUGGGCACAUUACUGAAUGGAUUAAUUCCUUUGCAUUUCAUUGUUUUUAAGUGUUCUGCUUUUUCCUGAACUGCGUUUUAUGUACAUACGUGUAGUAUUUGUAUAUUUUGAUGCAAGGUGUGUAUAGUGCCAAAUGUCAUCAGGUAUCAUCAGUGCAUGCCUGGGGUUUUGCACCCAUCUGUACCUCUCUAUAAGUGAAAGCUGUGAUAAACAUCAUAGAGGACAUGAUAUU